AUGGCCGGGCCGCGCGCAGGAAACUCGAGGGCCAACGGCGCCGCCAACGGGGACACGUCGAACAACAAGCAGUCACUCAACGAGCCCCUCGAUAAGGAGCUGUACGGCGGAAACAAUGGCGACUACGUCAGUUCCAUCGCCGUUGCCGACGACGACAACGACAUGGAGGACGUCCAACUGAAUGGCCGGAGCCUUGUCGGGCAGUACACAGCAUCCAAGGAGAUGAUGAACGAAUUCGCGCACGGCGAUGCGGGAGAGGCGGAUAUCCUCGACAGUCGCGAGAAGCAGGCUCAGAUCGCAUCACGCGAGACUGACUACCAGCGACGGCGAUUCGACCGCGCACUCUCUCCAUCGCGGGCAGAUCCGUUUGCCAAGGAUGGCGAAGACGGUGGCCAGUCGUACAAGGACGUGAUGAAGCAGCGCGAGUUUGAGCGCGAAGAAGCGCGUGUAAAGAAGUUGAUCGAGGAGAAGGAAAGGACGGGGGGGAACGAGGUACUUGACCACAAGCCUACGCUCAAAGACGAUGAGUCUACUCCCGUCGAUGGCGACAAGACUCCGCCGAUGAAGAAGACUCGCAAGAGGAGACGGUGGGACGAGGCUGGCGACGCCGAAACCCCUGCGAUCAAGGAAGAGGCCGACGGCGUCAAGGUUGAGUCGGAGCCCAAGAAGCGGUCGCGAUGGUCACCUGCACCCGAGGACGACAAGGUCGAGGCCGCUCAGCCAACCCGAUCACGUUGGGAUACCACUGCUGUAGCCCCUGCCAGCACGGCAACACCCGCUCCCGCUGCGAACGGCGCCCGUCCAGUUGCGCAGACAUUCGCAUUCGGUACCGACAUCUCGAACCGCAAUGCUCCCCUCUCCGAUGAGCAGCUCGACAUGAUGCUUCCUGGUGAAGCCGAAGGAUACAAGGUCCUCGAGGCACCUCCAGGGUACGAGCCAGUGCGGCGGCCGGUGGGCAUGCCCGCACUUCCAACAGGAUACCAGGGUUUCUUGAUCCCAGAAGCAGACAACAGCUUGGCUGCCAUGGGCAAGCAGCUGCCUACAGAGAUUCCUGGCGUUGGUGAUCUGCAGUUCUUCAAGAAUGAGGACAUGAAAUACUUUGGAAAGCUCACAGAUGGUGCAGACGAGAAUGAGAUGACAGUGGAGGAACUGAAAGAGCGCAAGAUCAUGCGACUGUUGCUCAAGGUCAAGAACGGAACGCCGCCUAUGCGAAAGACUGCACUUCGACAACUAACAGACAACGCCCGGCAAUUCGGCGCAGGAGCUCUCUUCAACCAGAUUCUGCCACUACUGAUGGAGCGCACGUUGGAGGAUCAGGAGCGCCAUUUGCUUGUCAAAGUUAUCGAUCGUGUUCUUUACAAGCUCGACGACCUUGUCCGACCCUACGUUCACAAGAUCCUCGUUGUUAUUGAGCCUCUUCUUAUCGACCAGGACUACUAUGCACGUGUCGAAGGUCGGGAAAUUAUUUCCAACCUUGCAAAGGCUGCUGGUCUCGCCCACAUGAUCAGUACAAUGCGUCCAGAUCUAGAUCACCAAGACGAAUACGUCCGGAACACUACCGCUCGAGCCUUCGCCGUCGUCGCAUCCGCCCUAGGUAUCCCCGCUCUCCUCCCCUUCCUCCGAGCUGUAUGUCGAUCCAAAAAGUCGUGGCACGCGCGUCACACUGGCGUGAAGAUUGUUCAGCAGAUUCCUAUAUUGAUGGGUUGUGCUAUUCUCCCUCACCUCAAGGGACUCGUGGAGUGCAUCGGCGAGAAUUUGAACGACGAACAGCCAAAGGUCCGCAUGGUCACAGCUCUUGCGCUUGCUGCCCUGGCCGAAGCUGCCAGCCCGUACGGUAUCGAGUCCUUCGACGACAUCUUGAAUCCUCUUUGGACCGGAGCUCGUCGCCAACGUGGUAAGGCUCUUGCAUCUUUCUUGAAGGCUGUCGGUUAUGUUAUUCCGCUCAUGGACGAGGAGUACUCCAACUACUACACGAGUCAGAUCAUGGAAAUUGUCAUCCGCGAGUUCCAAUCACCCGACGAAGAGAUGAAGAAAGUUGUGCUCAAGGUCGUUUCCCAGUGUUCAAACACUGCAGGUGUAACACCAGUCUACCUCAAGGACAAUGUUCUGCCUGAAUUCUUCAAGCAUUUCUGGGUGCGCCGUAUGGCUCUCGACAAGCGCAACUACCGACAGGUGGUCGACACCACUGUGGACUUGGCCCAGAAGGCCGGUGUUGCUGAGAUAGUCGGCCGCAUUGUCAACAACAUGAAGGAUGAGAACGAAGCAUACCGCAAGAUGACGGUCGAAACUGUUGACAAGGUCAUCAGCACCCUCGGAGCUCAUGAUGUCGACCAGCGUUUGGAAGAGCAGCUAAUUGAUGGUGUCCUCGUCGCUUUUCAGGAUCAGACUAUCGAGGACCCUAUUGUCAUCGACGGUUUUGCUACGGUCGUCAACGCACUGGGUGAGCGUACAAAGACUUACCUACCUCAGAUCGUCGCGACGGUUCUCGCUAGGCUUAACAACAAGUCCGCUACAGUUCGCCAGCAAGCGGCGGACCUUAUCUCCCGAAUCACUUUCGUGAUGCAGAAGUGCGACGAGGAUCCACAGCUCAUCAAGCUUGCGCAGGCGCUAUAUGAAUAUCUUGGUGAGGAGUACCCUGAGGUCCUUGGGUCCAUUCUUGGUGCUCUGCGCGCUAUUGUCACAGUCGUUGGUCUCCACGCUAUGCAACCGCCUAUCAAAGAUCUGCUGCCUCGUCUGACACCCAUUCUUCGCAAUCGACAUGAGAAGGUACAGGAGAACACCAUCGAUCUGGUGGGACGCAUCGCUGAUCGAGGCGCAAACUAUGUCAACCCUCGCGAAUGGAUGCGAAUCUGCUUCGAACUUUUGGACAUGCUCAAGGCUCACAAAAAGGGUAUCCGUCGUGCUGCCAACAAUACUUUCGGUUAUAUCGCCAAAGCCAUCGGUCCUCAGGAUGUGUUGGCUACCCUUCUUGGUAACCUCAGAGUCCAAGAGCGACAGUCUCGUGUCUGUACUGCCGUCGCUAUCGGUAUCGUUGCAGAGACCUGUGCGCCCUUUACUGUCCUUCCGGCCCUUAUGAAUGAAUAUCGCGUGCCGGAGCUCAACGUUCAGAAUGGUGUACUCAAGUCGUUAUCCUUCAUGUUUGAGUACAUUGGCGAGAUGGCGAAGGACUACGUCUACGCUAUCACACCACUUCUCGAGGAUGCUCUCAUUGAUCGAGACCAAGUGCACCGACAGACUGCUGCUUCGGUAGUCAAGCAUGUUGCUCUUGGUUGUGUCGGUCUCGACUGUGAAGACGCGAUGAUUCACUUGCUCAAUCUCCUUUGGCCAAACUUGUUUGAAACCAGUCCUCACGUCAUUGACCGCAUCAUUGAGGCUAUUGAGGGUGUCCGCAACGCCAUUGGUACUCCGCUCGUCAUGAACUACGUUUGGGCCGGUCUCUUCCAUCCAGCUCGCAAGGUGCGACAACCUUACUGGCGCAUCUACAACGAUGCUUAUGUUCAAAACGCCGAUGCCAUGGUUCCAGCUUACCCAACAUUUGAGGAGGACGAGCUUAUCAUGUACAUCACAGUAUGGUUGGAUCGGAGUAUGCGGCGUUACAAGCACGCUGAGAUAAGGGAGCGUUUCCGUGAAGUUAUCCCAUCUUUCCCAGCUUUUGAUCGUUGCAACAAGAAACCGGAGUACGCUUCCUCAUUACUAGGCCGGGCGUCCUAUUUUGUCAUACGCUCUUGA